AUGCGCUCGCAGUGCGUUAUGGUCGCCCCUGCAAGGGGCGGGAUCGCAACCUGGAAGCCGGCUUACUGUGGCUAUCGCUGUCGGCCUGACCGGCCCCGCUUGGAAAAUGGCGGCGGCGCGGAGGCGGUGCUGAGCGCGGCAAUGGCGGCGGAAGGUCCACGGAGCCUGUUCGCGCUGAGCGCGGCCGCGGUGAGCUGCAGCAUGGGAGCCCUGGAGCAGGACGUCUGGGCGCUGCCCGGGCACCUCCUGCGGGGACUCCUGCCGCUUCUCUCCGUCUUCCGCCUCGAGCGGGCCGAGGACGCCGCGCGGAGAGCAGGCCUCUCAACACAGCCCAUCUGGCGCAAGCUGUGGGAUGAUGUGAUGAAAACCAGGCCACCCAACUCAGAGAAUAUAACCUGUUGGAGGAAGAAGUUCCUUGAAACUUUCUUCUCAAACGUUCUUCAUGGUGUCUUGGAUAUUUCCUCUGACUGGCGUCUCAACGACCAUCACUUUUCACCUCUGCUCCACAGCUCCCCACAUGUUUCCCAGCUUACCCUCUGCAACAUGCUGCAGGGUGCGGUGGAGCUCACUGCUGAGCACAACCAGAAAGUGCUUGAAAACUUGGCUAGCUCCCUGCAGAUCCUGAAGUUCCAGCAUCUCCUCUCCUCUGACCAGUCCAUCAGGCAUUCCCUGGUUCUUCUUCUUCACCGGCUGAUUCACCACGGCUCUGUCAGCCAAGUGUCCAUGUAUUCCUGGCCUGUUCCUGAUACAGUUCUUCUUGUUCUCAUUUUGAGCAUGAGUGCUGGAUUUUGGCGUUCAGGAAAUGCCCUUGCUUAUCACAGCAGCCCAUGUGGCCUUUGCAGAGAGGAGGACAAAGCCCAAAGCCAGGAGUCAGCACAAGAGCGAGCAGAAAGGGGCUGUUAUGAUGAGAGGGAGCAGAGUGAUGGUGAGAACCAGGUAGGAUCCCCCAGGGCCCCAGAGGAGGCCAAUGCAGAGGUGAAUAGAUACGGGGCUGAUGCUUGCCUGAACUCUGUCCUCUCCAGACCAAGAAGUCCUCCUCUGCAAAACCAAGCAUGCAAGGAUGGUAGCAGCAAUGUGCCCUGUGAUCAUACUGGCAUUCAGGGGGGAUAUUCUCGUUGCAUCUCAAGCCAGCUGUCCUGUGGCUCCAUUCUUCGAAAGACACGCAGGCGGGUGAAAUCUGCCCUGGGGAAGAGACGUCGCUGCCUCAGACGAAGCAGGGGACCGUAUGCUGACCCAGAAGAUCUGUAUGAUUUUGUUUUUACUGUUGCUAAAGAGGAUAAUUCAGGGUUACUUGACAAAAACAGUGCCACAGAGGGAGAAAAUGCUGAUAACUGGACCAGCUCCUCCCCAGGGUCUCUGUGCGCUGGCCAUGCUGGCUCUAAGAAAAGAGGAGGAUCUGCUGGGAUCUUUUCUCUGAAAGCUGCUCGCCGCUUCCGAAGUGUGUCCACACUGGAAUUGUUUUCCAUUCCUUUGACUGGGGAGACAUGUCGGACUUUGAGUAACCUGCUGAGCUCCUGGGUGUCUUUAGAAAACUUGGUGCUGUCUUAUAAUGGCCUGGGUGCUAACAUCUUCUGCAUCCUGUCUGGGCUCCGGGCCCUCUCCCGCCGCUCAGACUGCCACCUCCGCGUGGUGCGCGUCAGCGACGUCUUCUCCCACAUGCCUUGCAUGGAGCUUGUUCACUGCAUCCUGGGCGCCUUUCCCCAGCUCCACACGCUCUCAGUCAGCUUCGACCUCAAAAACCAGCUGGAGGGAAACAGACCAGAGGGGAAUCCAAGCUGCAGCGAGGUAGAAAUCCCAGAGAGCUGCUUGGAGCAGCUGGAGAUCAGAUUCCCCAGGGAACCUCUGCACACCAAGCUCCUGCUGCCAGUGCUCAAGGCAUCAAAGUUCCUCCAGCAGCUGUCCCUUGACAGUGCCACACUGCCCUGUUCUCAGGAGCUUGGGCUCCUUCUGGAGGCAAUCAAAGAGUGUAAUCCAAGUCUGAAGAAACUGAGCUUUCAUGAUGUGAACCUGGCUGAGCAUCAGAAAGAAGUUCUGCUUUUGCUUCAGGAUCCUGUCCUGCAAGAAAUCACAUUUUCCUUCUGCCGACUGUUUGAAAGCUCUACUAAUGAGUUUUUGUCAGAAAUAAUCAAUGCAGUGAAAAGAAAUUCAUCUUUGAAGAGCCUCAAACUGCCUGGGAAUCGCCUUGGGAAUCACAGGCUGGUUGCCCUUGCAGACAUUUUCUCUGAAGAUUCCACCUCUGCUCUUUGCCAGCUGGAUGUCAGCUCAAAUUGCAUCAAGCCUGAUGGGCUCCUGGAGUUCACAAAGAAGCUGGAGGGCCACAUCCAGCAGAGAGGGGGGCAGAUUCAAUUCACACACCUCCGCCUCUUCCAAAAUUGGCUGGACCAGGAUGCUGAAACAGCUCAAGAAGCACUUCGGCGUCUCAAAGCUGUGUGCAGUGUGGUCAACGACUCGUGGGACUCCUCACAGGCCUUUGCUGACUACAUCAGUGUCAUGUGAUGGACACAGGAGCAGCACAAAACCCAUCA